UGGUUGAGUUUACACGUAUAGUUAAUGUGACAUUCCCAAAUUACCCUUUCCCAGGACACCCCUCUCAGAAUCGUUACCCUUUAAACCACCAACUGAUUUCAAUUCCAACUACAAAUUCGGAUCCACAAGCACCGGAGCAAAUGCAGAGAGAGAAACAUUUAUAUAGAUUUUAGAGAGAGAAACACACCGAGAUGUGCAGCCAUGGAGUGAUCUCAAGAAGCGACCUUCGCUUCUCUCUCCUCCAAGAACAACCCAUCCGUACCUGCACGCCCGACCCGUUUCUUCGCCUCACCUUCACGACGCACCUCCCGAAACCCCGGGUCUCGUCUCUCAAAACCAGAGCAACAAUCAAUGACGGCCCUGUCACGUCGUCGCCGCCGCCGUCGCCGACGACGGCGGAGAUGAUGAGCUUCUACGAGCUUCUGGGUAUAUCGGAGACGGGAACCCUCUUGGACAUCAAGCAAGCGUACAAGCAGUUGGCCCGGAAAUACCACCCGGAUGUCUCGCCGCCGGGGUUAGUCGAGGAGUACACGCAGAGGUUCAUCCUGGUUCAGGAGGCGUAUGAGACGUUGUCAGAUCCGAGUAUGCGGGCUUUGUAUGACAGAGACAUGGCAAGGGGUAUUCAUCUUGCGUUCUCUGCUCGAAGAAGUUAUCAGAGUGAUGAGCAAAUGGAGGAUAGAAGCGAAUGGAAGAACCGCUGGCAGACUCAGCUCUCGGAGCUAAAGAGAAGAAGCAUGAGCAAGGACACCGGUGAAAAUAUGUCGUGGGGAGCACGAAUGCGCAUGCAAAGGAAUGAAUCAUCUACUGCUUCAUGAAUAAGUUUGUUAAAUUUGUGUAUAUAUUAUGACCUUUUUACAUGGUUUUCGAAAGCGAGAACUAAAGUACUAGCUGGUUAGUAUGGCUUUCAACAGCAAGGGAAAACACUUGUAAAUUCAAAGACCCUUGUUGAUGUAUAUUCGCUGGGGCAAUAACAACCAUAACUGUAACGCGAUAAAUUGUACAUAGAAUAAACAUAUAUAAACAUUUCUCGUACCAUUUUAAUUCUCCA